AUGGCGGAGAUGGCCACCAUCACGAGGCCCUCGCGAUACAAAUCGCAACGUCGAAAGGUAUCCGCCGAAGGACUCCAAGGGCCGGACCAAGCUCCUAGUCCGCAGGGGGUCGACGGCGUGGUCCGUAGCAAGUCCCGCUACCAUCGUCGACCGGGGACUGCAGUAAGCACAUCUGCAGAGCAUGCACAGCAGCCAACCCUACAGUCGCAACCCGAAAUGCCCUCGCGGUACCACUCGAAAAAUCGCCAGUCGCCGCAAAAGCCGCUAAAUCAGGUUCCAUUAGCACAAAAGCCACCGCAACUGCGCCAGACGAGCUCCAACACUAAGCAGUCUGAUGACCGGCUUGUCUCUCCGUCAGCAGAGGUCAGUGCGGGUGAUUUCAAAGACGAGGAGGACACUCUGGCAAUGAACAGUGGACACCGCAGGCUCAAUCGCGAGCAAUCCAACGAGCUCGUUCAAUCGCGCUCCCCUCCAACACCCUCUUCUGUCCCUGUCGGGGACCUCUUCCCGCCGCCAAAAGCGACGGAAAAGCCUGUUCGUCAUGAUGGCCCUCCACAGUCUGGACAGAUUCGAGCCACAAGGAGCUUGACUGAACUGCCGCACUAUGAUGAAGCAGAAGCUGACACAGGCUGCUUUGGAGGUUGGUUUAAGCGAAAGAGGGGAGAAGCAUUGCCUGCCGGAGCGGCUAUCCCGCGGGCGCGAGACUCGAAGGGAGAGCUCCUACCUAUUCGUCCUGGCGGAGGUGGCAUCGUUCCUGGGAUUGAUGCUCCGGUCUCUGCAGUCAACGCUGGUGACAGACUAGUUCUGGUGGAGUUUGGACGAUCGCAGCGAGUCUUCCCAGUCACACCCACCACCACCUCUGUGGACAUUAUCAAAAGUGCGUCUAUCUGCAUGUCAGGCAAUAUCGAUGUCAAGUCUGCGGUGCUGCUGGAAUACUUCAGCACUGUCGGCGUCCAGCGACCAUUGCGAAGAUACGAAUAUGUGCGGAGCGUGAUGAAUAGCUGGGACAGUGAUAAACAGAAUAGUUUGCUGUUGGUUGAUCCCGCGUCCGGGAUUGUGGAGCCGGAACUCACCAUGGCAGGUGUGCCCAAGGAUAGACCCGAGGAGCAGAGCUGGUAUCUGUUUUACUCUCAGAAGAUGGGCAAGUGGGAAAAACGGUUUGUGAUUCUUCGCCCCGACGGUCAGAUCGUUUGUCAAAAGGAAGCAGACAAGAUGAAGGAAGUUGCGAACGUGUGUCAUCUAAGCGACUUCGACGUAUACACGCCGACGCCAGAGAAGCUGAAGAAGAAGAUCAAGCCCCCCAAAAAGCUUUGUUAUGCGAUCAAGAGCCAGCAAAAGACGAGCAUGUUUGAGACUACCGACAACUUUGUUCACUUUUUUGCAACGGGCRACAAACCUACUGCUGAAAGUUUCCACAAAGCCAUACAAGGGUGGCGUAGUUGGUAUCUGGUCAACGUAUUGGGCGAAGGCAUGAAAGAAGAGCCAAAGCCAGCAGCCACAGCAGCAGUCACACGUGCCGAACGACAAGUAAGCAACGAGAACGCAAAAACGCAUCGUGUACAAGACUCUGUGGGGUCGCACUAUCAACUCGGCUCCUUCAAGCCUCUGAUCGACUUGGAGGUGUUUGAGAAGCCGGAGCCAACAGGAUCAAGCCAGGAGACAGCAUUUACAAAGUCUGCCAACCAAUUCGAUGUGAACGUCUCUCCCGAGAGGAGGAAUUCAACGGCGAGGAGGAGGAAUCCGCCAGGCGUGCUUACCCAAAAGGCGCAGCUCAAAGAUGAUGAACCCUUGGCAAACCUACAAAGAAAUGGAUCUGUCAAUAAACGUACAGUCCCAGCCGGAAGACAACUCAAAGACGACGAGCCCCUGGCGAACCUCCAAAGAAACGACUCUGUCAACAAGCGAAGCGCGGUGACCGAGCGCCGUGCGGAAUCUGCCGAGUUCAAGAACACUGGCCUGCUCGGGCGGCAAUACUCACAACGUCGAAAGAAUUACGAGGAGAAGGAGGCUCAGCCAGAAGAUCCUUGGACAGCGGGGCCGAAUCUGCUCAAUGGCCGCAUCGAUGGUAAAGACGGCGAGCUCGCAGCUGCUGGCGGAGUCAAAAGGCAGUCCUCUAUGCGCCGACAGGGUCAUGGGGCCGGUGAAGUGAAACGCUCUGGCUCCACUCGUGACCGCGAGACAGGCCGUAGGCGUGGCGACUCAGGUGGACUGCAACGCACGGGAUCGGUCGUACGGGAAAAGCCCAAGCCGCUCAUCGACCUCACACCAGAACAUCGCGAAGCACCGCAGUUCUCAAAGAAAGCAAUGGGCAAGGGCUUUGUUCCAGGAAACACCGGUGGCGGUGGGCUGAUUGACAGCGCGACGUCGCCCGAAGACUUGAUGGGAGUUCCUGCGAGUACUGAUUGGCGGCGCUGUGGGUCACAGGCCGUGCCAACUGUUGGCGAUGCAAAUGUCAAAAAGAUCAGGGGCCAGCCUGGCGAGAACACUCUACCGUACGGCAUGGCAGAUGACGGCCUCAAUGGCUCAGGGUCCGUCUCACAGUCUUCACAACCGCUCCAACGCGGCUUCUCGCAGCAUCGUCAGCCAGCCCAAACGGCGUUCACUGGUGAAGGCUUGCUCGGUGCUCAAGAGAAGCAAGGAUGGGGAGGACACAGCAAAGGCCGCGGCGUCAUCGACGGUAGUCGUGCGAAUGGCAAGCCACUAGUUGAUCUCAACUACAACGACACAUUUGCCAAUGGCAGCUUGUUGAAUAAGGUCCAGAGAUCCGAAGGCAUUCCGGCGCCUAUCGUUGAUCGAGAGAAGUGA